AAUCGCAUUGGCACAUUUUUAGGACCUCUAGAUUCUUCUGUCCCCCUUCCCAUCUAAAUUCCUUGGUAUAAAUACGCGAUGAUGGCUAAAUCAAUCUUUCACUGAGCUUUUUCCAUGAUGAAGAGACCAACCAUGGCUGCAGCCUUCUCCCCAAAUGUUCGAUCCAUCAGCUUGCCGCCUAGAUCUCAUCCGACCACAGUCAGAGUCGAGGAAGAGCUAAACAAGCUUAAAUCCUGGGAAUCAUCGAGUUCGUCAUCAUCAAAGGCAGAAACAAUAUGCGUUGGUCUAUCACUUCUGAGCGAGUUGUACAGACGCAUAGAAGAUCUUCUCAAUCUGCCAUUGACCCAACAAGCUCUUUCCCAAGAUCAACACCAGAAAUGGGUAAACGAGUUGUUGGAAGGCUCCUUAAGAUACCUGGAUGCAUGUGGAAACACCAGGGAUUCUGUUCUCUCCAUGCAAGAAACUAUUCGAGAGCUUCAAUCUGCUCUUCGCCGGAGAAAGGUUGGAGACUCGAGCGUCGAAAGCGUUGUCUCUGCUUACAUUUGCUCGAGAAGAAAGAUGAAAAAGGAGACCGCAAAGUCUCUAGCCUCGUUGAAGCCAAUGGACGGCAAAUUCGGCGGCUCCGGCCUUAUGUUAGAUCUCGAUGAUCAUCUCUUGGCGGUGGUUAGAGUGCUCAGAGAAACAAGCUUGAUUACUAUUUCAAUCUUCCACGCCCUCUUGUUGUUCCUCUCCAUGCCGGUGUUGAAGCCAAAGGCUAGCAGAUGGUCGUUGGUUUCCAAAUUGGUUCAGAAAGGUGCGUUGGCUCGCAAAGAAAAACAGGAGAACGUGGAUGAAUUGGAAGGCGUUGAUAUGGCUCUCGGCAACCUCUUGAUGCAGAGCUCAAGCAGAGAUGUCGAGGGGCAAAAGAUACAGUCGGCACAGAUAAGGUUGGAUGCUUUAGAUGUUAGCAUGGAAGGCCUUGUGAAAGGGUUGGAGUGCUUGUUUAGGCGCUUGAUCCAAACCAGAGUCUUCCUCCUAAACAUAAUGUCUCACUAGGUGAUUGCCGACAGGCCAGCAAUUCAAAACGUUUAUUUUUGUACUUGAAAAUGUAUAGAUACACAUUGCUAUACAUGUAAUUAAUUCGAUUUGCAAUUUUAUUUGUUAGAAUCAAUAGGGUUUUCAAA